UAUGAAUUUUCCUUUAAAAAUUAAUGAAACGCUUUGCAAUGCGCGGCUUAUCUAACAACGGUGCAUAUGUGUACAUAUGUGUAUACAGACCUUUAACACGUCACUAGAUAGCAGAAAACUGGGAUUCAUAACCUAAUUCAUACCAUGUUGAGCAGAACCAUUGUUGGCCAAGCAUUUCGAAACAUGUCAACAUUCCGUUUAGCGCUCGUUCAACUCGCCGUUGACGAAAAUAAAGCUGCAAAUAUCAGUAAUGCAGUAUGUUUCAUCGAACGUGCCAAAGAACAGCAAGCGGACGUAGUCGUAUUACCGGAGUGUUUCAACUCCCCCUACGGAACUCAGCAUUUCGAGAAGUACGCCGAGUCGAUUCCUGACGGUGAAACGAGUCGAGCGCUGGCCGAGGCGGCGAAAAAGUCAGCGACGUACGUCGUGGGUGGUACGAUACCUGAGCGAGAUAACGGCUCGCUGUACAACACAGCAACCGUCUGGGAUCCUCGGGGAAAUCUUAUCGCAAAACAUCGAAAGAUGCAUCUUUUCGACAUCGACAUCAAAGGCAAGAUGACAUUUUUCGAGAGCGAAACUUUGUCACCUGGAAAUUCGCUGACGACUUUCGACGUCAAAGGCUUUAAAAUAGGACUCGGUAUUUGUUACGAUAUUAGAUUCGAGGAAAUGGCUCGUUUGUACAGAAACAUGGGCUGCCACGUACUGCUGUAUCCCGCUGCGUUCAACAUGACCACGGGUCCUCUGCACUGGUCGCUCCUGCAACGCUCCAGGGCCAACGAUAAUCAAUGCUACGUUGCAUGUGUAUCUCCGGCACGCAAAGAAAAAUCAGGCUACGUAGCCUGGGGUCACACGCAGCUGACCAGUCCCUGGGCUCAGGUUCUUCACGAUCUCGACGUCGAGGAAGGCUUCGUCGUUGCGGAUAUUGAUAUGUCAGUGGUCGAAGAAGUGCGAAACCAAAUUCCGGUGUUCAAGCAACGACGGACGGAUCUUUACGACACUAUUUUGAAGAAAAAAUAGUCCGUUUAUAACAAAACUGAAGAGCAUUUAUUUUCGAACUUUUGUAUAAAGCUGUAUAUGGGACUUUUUGCGAUGAGCAUGCACUAAACUUGGAAUUGAGGUUCGUCGGAGCAGGAAAUGGGAAGGAAAUCAUCCGAUUACAGGAGCGUUACGCUGCCACUUUACAGACGCUUUUCGUGUAGCGAUAAUCAAUUAAUUAUUGUUGUAUUUACAAUUGGAACAUGAGGCAAUACAUCGUCGUACGUGUAAACAUUAUUUCUUUUUAAAUAUAAGCUUAGAGAAAUUGGUCGAUUAACGUUUGACAAUAUAUAUAUAUACGCGUGUGUUGUAUGUGUUACACACAAAUGUAUAAUAUUUGGUAUCAAUCGUUUUAUUAGCUGAAGCGAAAUGGCGUUUUUGCGAAAAAUAUUUAUCACUUCGUGCCUUGGAACGAUGAACACGCUCGGGGAAACGUGCGUAUUGAUUUCUUUCCUAUACAACGUCGAUUAUUGUUUUUCUAUUUCCGUCGUUUUUCUUUUACAGAUAACUUGGAGGUGCAAUUAGGCCUUUCGAGUAAUAAACCAUCGGAGAAUCGAUUCCACGCAAAGAUCCUCAUUCGUUGAACUACUUAUUUCAUCGUAUUGAAAUGAUGAAAAAUAAGAAGAAAUCGAAGUGCCUUUUUCUCACUUUUCUCCUUGGGACGAAAAACUUUUCACGUAAUUGCACCAGAUUUUUCGAUUACGACAAAUCGCUUUGAAUUAAUUGCAAAAUCUAUUGCGUCAAUUAUAUUCGUCGAAUCGAAUUGUACGUCUCUCAUUCGUACGCGACAAUUAUUCAAUUCCAAAA